AUGGUUUAUGCUAAAUGCUGGACAAUAAAGAAGUACUUUGAAGGACCACCAACCAAAAGUAACUUUGAGCUAAAGGAGAUUGAGCUGCCAGCCCUAAAAAAUGGAGAGGUUCUGCUUGAAGCUUUAUUCCUCAGCGUUGAUCCCUAUAUGAGAGUUGCUGUGAAGAAACAUUUGAAGGAGGGUGAUCCAAUGAUGGGAAGCCAAGUUGCCAGAGUUGUGGAAAGUAAGAACUCAGCCUUUCCAGUAGGUAGCAUUGUGGUGGCUAAUUCAGGAUGGACAACACACUCCAUCUCUGACGGGAAAGACCUAGAGACGUUGCCUGACGGGUGGCCAAACACACUACCUAUGUCUUUGGCUCUGGGGACCAUCGGCAUGACAGGCUUAACAGCCUACUUUGGCCUCCUUAACAUCUGUGAUCUGAAAGAAGGGCAAACUGUGAUCGUCAAUGCAGCAUCAGGAGCAGUGGGCUCAGUGGUGGGACAGAUUGCUAAAAUCAAAGGAUGCAAAGUUGUUGGCUCUGCUGGAUCAGAUGAAAAGGUUGCAUUCCUUAAACAACUUGGUUUUGAUGUUGCCUUUAACUAUAAGACAACAAAAUCUUUGGAAGAUACACUAAAGAAAGCUGCUCCAGAAGGCUAUGAUUGCUAUUUUGACAACGUAGGUGGAACAUUUACAAAUGUAGUUAUCCCCCAGAUGAAGAAAUAUGGAAGAAUUGCUGUAUGUGGGGCCAUUUCUACGUAUAAUAGAAUCUAUAUUGGACAUCCCUUUAUCUAUAAAGAGCUACGCAUGGAAGGAUUUAUUGUCCAUCGAUGGCAAGGAGAUGUCCGCCAGAAGGGUCUAAAAGACUUGCUGAAAUGGGUCUUAGAGGGCAAAAUCCAGUACAAAGAACACAUCAGCGAAGGUUUUGAAAGCAUGCCAAUGGCAUUCAUAGGAAUGUUAAAGGGAGAUAAUUUGGGCAAAACAAUAGUGAAAGUAUAAGGGAUCCAAGAGAACAUCACAUUGGAAAUAUAAAGAGCAUAUUGGUGUGUUUAUUUCAAGUUUUCUACAACCUCGUGUAAAAUAUAUGCCCGUAAAAAAACUA